GGUUUUCUGUACUGCAGGUCUGAACAACUGAAAAAGGAGCUGGUAACUCUGAAGGAUAAGAAUCACAACUUAGAUGACAUGCUCAAAAGUCAACAAAGGAAAGUCAGGAACAUGAUCGAACAGGUGCAAAAUUCACGAACCAUAAUGGAGCAAAGAGACCGGCUGAUCGGAGACCUCAAAGAGAGGGUGGCUUUCCUCGAAGCUGAGAACAGAGAGAUCCAUGACCGGAUGGAGUUUUAUUUGGGCAACCAAGUGUCUAAACCAUAUAACUCAGACAUGGGGUCCAAGGUUGUCUACAGCAAACCUCUGAUGCCCACAAGCCCUGGAAACAAAUCUAUGCCAUUCAUUAAAGUGGUCGAGAUCAAGUCCUGAACAACAGAUGAAGACAGCUGAUGAAGAGAGAGAGUGGUUGAGUGAGAGACACAUUGUAAAA